CAUUCAUCGUCUCGUUUGUACGCAGACAUUGCAAGGGCCUUGUGUAGUGGGACGUAGUCGCCGCCGUCGUUGUCGUCGUCGUCCCAAAAGUAAAGUGUUCAUCAUUCUCUGCAGUCGUGAAAAUUUUUGCUUCAAAUUUCGUCGCGUUUGACCGUUCCGUGGUAGAGCACUAACUUUGCGUGCCGGAAGCAAUGUUCAGAAUAUACGUCGCAAUUAUCAGUGGACCAAUUGAGUGCCCCAGUGGAGGAUAAAUGGGCAUUUCUGCAGAACCAGUACCACAGAACGCAGAAAGAAUCUGAAAAUGUUAAUUGAUCUGUAGAUCUGUCCAAGCAGUGUAUAGGAGGCGAAAGUGUUGAAGAGAGGUGGCGAGAAGAAGCAACGAGUUCUACGCACUCAUACAUGUGUGUGCCGUGGUGCUCGUAGCGCAUUGAAGUUGCCAGCAGUGUGAGAGAGAGCAAGCAAAUGCUCUCGCUCAAUCGGUUUGUUUCGGAGACAUCCAUAGCCAUCCAAAUAGGUCAGCUGCUUUCGGCAAACUUGCCUCAUAAUAGACUCACAAUAUUAGCAAUUAUUGUGUUGUGUCAAACUACCGUGGAUGGCCAGUGUUGUCAGCAGCAGCAGCAGCCGUGAUAAACACCCCAAAAGUGCAACAUAUUUGUUAUUUUCUACUCUCGCCCUCACACGAAACGAGGAUCGUGUCCCCUGACUGAGUUGCUGCUGGUUGUGCUGUUGUUGGUACGAGUCGAGUCAAGUGUUUGUGUUGAAGUCAGAAAUUGAGCAGAAACCAGAAGUCGAGAGCAGAAGCUAAACAAUAAAAAAGUGUAUUAACGCAGCAUCAACAUACAGAAGAUCCAUUCACAAGAAGGGAAAUUUUUACUCUCGCAAUUGGCUCUAUUGCAUGGAGCCCUAUCCGUUGCUCGUUUUGGAAUAAAGAAAAUGAGAAGGAUCAAUGCGGGUUAUUAGUGAGAUUCGUAGGUGAAAAAGUGUGCGUUUUUUAUAGAUGAUUUUGAAACAUCGAAGAGUUUUGUCACGAAGCAAAAAAAAACGCGAUAAGUUAUUCUCUCGUGUUCACAAGUGUGUUGUUAUUGUGGAAGCACAGUGGUACGUAAUUUGCACGUCACAGUCAAUCCAAAAAAGGGUGUUAGUGUGGUGAAACAAGGUGAAGAAGCAAAAUUGGAAGAAAAAAGCCUCGCCACUCGGAGGAGAAUAAAAAGAACGGGAGGCAUAUCGCAUAGUUGCGAUAGCGGAAAAUAAAUGCAAAGUGCGAUCGAGAGCAGGAGGCAGAUAUUUUCCGCUGCGCCACGGAAACAGCAGGAAAGAUGAACAAAUUGGAAUAUUCACGACGGAAUGGUACCCAGAAGAUUCGAAUUACAAUAUUAUGUGCCCGCAAUUUGGCCCGGAAAGACCUUUUUCGUCUACCGGAUCCGUUCGCCAAAAUUCGCGUCGACGGCACCGCGCAGGAAUACAAGACGGAUAUCUGCAAAGCCUCGCUGGAGCCAAAGUGGAACACACACUAUGAUCUGUACCUUGGCAAAAACGACAGCAUCACGAUAUCUAUCUGGAACCAGCGUAAAGAACAGAAACGGCAGGGCUCCGGAUUUCUGGGCUGCGUACGCAUCAUUGCCAGCUUGAUCCAGCGGCUCAAAGACACGGGAUAUCAACGGCUGGAUCUCUGCAAGGCCUCGCUUAAUGACACCGAUCCAGUUAAGGGUCAAAUCAUAGUGUCGCUCAUGUCGCGCGAUGGCACAACCGGUGGCACUCCGCUGGCAAUCGUUGGUCCAGCGGGUGAUGUCCGUGGUCCCGAUGAUGACGAGGAGAUUCUUAAGGAUGAACUACCCGCCGGCUGGGAAGAACGGCUGACACCGAAUGGCCGGGUCUAUUAUGUGAAUCACGUCACCAAGACAACGCAAUGGUCUCGUCCAUCGGAACCAUCAGGCCCGCUGCCACCACCGCUAAGCAAUGGCAGUAGCAAUAAUAGCAGCGCCGACUCGAUACCACCGGGACCCUCGAAAUCGGCUACCAAUAAUAGUAUCAAUAGUAUUCAAUCCAACGACUCCGGCAGCCGAAGGCACUCGACGGAGAUAAUGCUGAAUAGCUCCAACAACAAGGAGAACUGUAAUCUGAACAAGGAGCGGUCAAAGGAUGUGGACAAUGGAAUAAUGAAUGGUGGGCUGCACAGCCCGGGUGGUGGGGGUGGAGGGGCUGUUCGCAAUGAUGCUAAAAGCCCGGUACGAAUACGCGACGAAAGUGUACUCAUCACACCAAGUUCUAGCACAAGUCCAUUGAGUGAAAUCAAUAGUCCCGUGACACCGAAGAUGACGACGGAGCUCCAGUCGCCAAGAAAUUCUGGAUCCACUAGAGACCCUCAAUUAAUAACAGGACUACCAAACUCAAUUGGUUCACUGUCAAUCGAUCCGUCCGCAGUGCGAACGCCUAUAACGAAUGGCAAUAUUCCAAACGCGCAUUGCAAUAGUUCAUCUGGCACCACUAGUAAUAAUAGCAAUAGCACAAACACUACAAACACUACAGGCAGUGGGAUCAAUUUUCCAGUGUUAAACAAUUCCAAUUCCAACGGUUCUAGCAACGGAAUGGUCUCGAAUGGGGUUCUGUCCAUCCCGGUUGCUAGCAACGGUAGUGCCAGCAAUAGCGGGGUGAACACCCCAACACACGGUGCCAAUACUUCCGCUAGAGAGAAUGGCAGUGCGAACAAUUCCGUUGCGGUACCGCAACAACACCAAGUGCCUUCGUACCUACCAGCAUCGAAUAGUGUUCAUAACGGGAACAGUCGUGUUUCGGAUGGUCAUGGAAUAGAAUCAACAUCCGUGCCGGGUAGAUCCCAGCCACAACCUCAACAGUCUACUCCACCUGGCGGAGGUGACGCAGUCAGGGAAUCUUCGGCACAACGAACUCGUCGUACAUCGCGUAAUAUGGAAGAUCCCUCCUCGCGUAGACGGUCAUCGCGAACGGCACGACCACCGCUCGUUAUACCACCACCACAGUGCCGUGGUAGUGCGCCAGUGAUAAGGCCAGCUGUUGAUCUGCCCCCGGGAUAUGAAAUGCGUACAACUCAGCAAGGUCAAGUUUAUUUUUAUCACAUACCGACCAAAAUGUCCACAUGGCACGACCCUCGGAUACCUCGUGACUUCGACACGCAAAAUAUUGCACCAGAAACGUUGGGUCCGUUGCCGCAUGGCUGGGAACAACGCAAGACGGCCUCUGGUCGGGUAUACUUUGUCGAUCACAACAACCGAACCACUCAGUUUACCGAUCCUCGCCUAAAUGGACACAUUUUGCACAUGAUUCGAAAACAAGCGCAACCACCCCAACAACCCGCCACUGGAGCCAGUUCUAGUGGAACCGGCCCAAGUGGAUGCUCGUCGGGGGUAUCUGUAGCUGCACUUAGCUCUCUUUCCGGGGCCGGCCCACAGGUAUCGAACGGAGUUCCGGGUGGUAGCCGAUUAAUAAUGGGACCAGAAGCACAUGGCCCUGCAAACAAUGGAUCGCCUAUGGAUCCAACGCCCCAUCGAACACCAUCCAGUAACAUUCCUGAUUUACCACAAGGCCUGCUGGAUGGCGCCGACUUACUGCCAAAAUAUCGGCGAGACCUGGUGGGAAAAAUUCGCUCGCUCCGGGCGGAGCUGCAAUCCUUACAACCCCAAUCUGGUCAUUGUCGUCUAGAAGUGUCUCGACAUGAAAUAUUUGAGGAGAGCUACAGACUGAUCAUGAAAAUGCGACCGCGGGAUAUGCGCAAGCGAUUGAUGGUGAAGUUCAAGGGUGAAGAGGGGCUGGAUUACGGUGGUGUGGCUCGCGAGUGGCUCCAUUUGCUGUCCCGGGAGAUGUUGAAUCCCCAAUACGGACUGUUCCAAUACAGCGGCGAUGAUCGAUAUUCGCUGCAAAUCAAUCCCGACUCAGGUGUGAACCCGGAUCAUUUAUCGUACUUCCACUUCGUUGGACGAAUUCUUGGCAUUGCGGUAUUCCACAACCAUGUGCUGGAUGGAGGCUUUACGCUGCCAUUUUACAAACAGCUGCUCAACAAACCGAUCACGCUGAACGAUAUCGAAGAUGUUGAUCCAGAUUUGCACCGGAGUUUAACGUGGAUGCUAGAAAACAACAUUAAUGGGGUGAUCGAUUCGACGUUCAGCGUGGAGAACAACAGUUUCGGGGCACUGAAGGUGCACGAGUUGAAGCCAAACGGUGCGUCGUUGCAAGUUACCGAAGAUAAUAAACGAGAGUACGUUAUGCUCUACGUGAACUACCGGUUCAUGAGGGGGAUCGAGCAGCAAUUUUUAGCUUUAUCUAAAGGAUUCGGAGAACUAAUACCAAGCCAACUGUUGAGGCCGUUUGAUGAGCGGGAACUCGAAUUGGUUAUCGGAGGAAUAAGCAAAAUCGACGUGAAUGAUUGGAAAACCCACACAAGGCUGAAGCAGUGUACUCCGGAGACGUCGCAAAUAAUUUGGUUCUGGCAGAUCGUUGACUGUUACUCGCCGGAGAUGCGCGCCCAGCUGCUCCAAUUUGUAACCGGCUCCUGCCGGGUACCACUCCAGGGCUUCCGAGCGCUACAAGGCUCAACCGGCGCUGUUGGUCCUCGGUUGUUCACAAUCCACCUGACAGCGGACGCACCACUCCAGAAUCUUCCCAAAGCGCACACAUGUUUCAAUCGGAUCGACCUUCCGAUGUACGAUUCGUACCAGCUGAUGUACGAUAAACUAACGCAGGCCGUUGAGGAGACGUGUGGAUUCGCUGUAGAAUAAGGCAAGAUAUUUGAAAAAAAAAUAUUUCGUGUAUUUUUUGUCCGCGUGGCUGGUCUCGCCUAUCGCUGCGAGGUAUAUUGUCUAGUUUUAUCUGAAAUAAAAUCGCGAUGACACGACGGUUGUGUGAGUAUGUGUGAAGAGGGCGAACUCAAAUCGAAAUAUCGGGCUAAUUUUUCCUCUUUCGUCGGUGCACAAGAGUGACUAAUGAGUCCAGGAAGCAUACAUUAACGUAGAAAAUGUAUCAUCGUUUGUCCGAGAGUUCGAAACGGUCUUUCAUUAGAUCGUUCUCAAAAUCCAUUUCGAGAUGGAAAGUUUUUCACAGUUUCGAAAGACCAUCCAUAUAUUGCUUAUCUUUGGAGAACCAUAGAGAAGAGAACAACGAACUCCGCGUGUAUUUUGUAUUCGCGUUUUUUUUUAGCAUAUCAAGGAAAGGUUUUCCAAAAUAUGCCAUAUAUGAAACAACACGUGUCAUCGGAAAUCGUACAAUUUCCCUUCUAGAGCGGAAACAUGAAAUAGUCAAAUCAUUGAAAUCAAACAUAAAACAGCAACAAUUCAUCAAAAUCGACGCGUUCACCAACGAAAACGAGCUCAACAAGUUCUUCACAAUACUAAGCCGACUUUUUCCGGCAGAUAAAGUAACGCCCAACACAGACGUUUUUGAAUUAGUACUACAAAAUUAAUCCUUGGCGUAAACCAAGCGAGUCAUAUUAAACUGUUUUAAAAUUUGUGCGAAGAAAAUUAUUACGAGAGAGAGAGAAAAAACAAUGAGAUUAUUAUCUUCUAAUAGACCAACAACUUUAUAUCGUUCGAGCGGUCCGCGCUGGGUUUUAUUUCGUCUUGUGCGACGACAGUUUGUUGACAAUUUUUGAAAUAUAUUGUAUUAGGGGGUUUAACAGAAUUGGUAAACGAAAAAAAACUUUGACAUAUUUAUUGUAGGUAAACAAUUAUACGAAUUCGAGUCCUGCGGCGGAUCAGCGGACACAAAUUCGAUGGUUCGGGUGAUUCUUACAACGAUAUUCUUAUACUAUUCUAUUAGCAAUUUGUUGGAGGUAAAAACGUUCGAUUCCAUUCACGUUCAGACGAAAUCAUAGAGUCGAGAGUUGGUAAUGUUGUAUAUCGCAGAAAAAUAAAGUUAUAUUCUUAGGAAGCCUAAACCAAUUAAUCAAUCUUUAUUCAUUACAUACAUCAGAAGGGUUCGAUUCCUGUAUUUGUACAUAUGAACGUAACGACCGAAUCAAAACGAUGAUGUUGAGUGAACGCAUUCGACCCAGGUGGUAUGGAAGGGAGCUUGCUGCUGCGACAUGAAUCGAAGGGUAUAUUCGAAUAUGCAAUGUUGGUCACACCAUUAUUUAGCUAGGCGUAUUGCUAAAGUUAGCGGAGCGGGAGGAGAAGCUAACAUUAAUUUUCAGUUAGAUCAAUCCAAGCGAGGAUGAUGAUAGAUAGACUUAUUGGACAUUUAAGAGCUAAAUAUUGUUAAUAAAAAGUUUGCAGAUAGGAACUAGGUUCACUAUUGGUUGCUGCCAUUGAUUGCGCGCGAUUAAGCAGUGGCAUUUGAAUCGAGGGUUGUAGUUAGUAUGUGUUGGUACGGUGUCAGCAGCAGAUCACGGUCCGAGCAACAGUUGGUAAAUAUGUAAUCGAACUAGGUAAACAAGAACCAACAAUGGUAUAUAUUAUUGUAAAUUAUAUUAAAAAUAUUUUAUACAGUUAA